UUGACCGAAAUCGUUCGGAAUUUUAUUUUGCCAGCCGAGUGGAAAAUCCGAACUCCGAAUUCCGAAUUCGCAUUCGAAAUAGGCAUCGUAGAUAAAAAAUCCCGAAUUACCAGAGUUUUUUUUUUUUUUGGUUUCUGUUUUGUUUUUUUUGCGCCCGCCGAGUUUUCCAAAACGAUCGAUCCACGCGCCACGUACACGAUCAGUCAGAUCCAUUCCAACUCCAGAUCUCGGUGACGUCGUCGUCCGCCAAAAUAACAGCUGAUAAGAUACUUAUCGCGCUGCCAGCACCCCCACAACCAACCCCGCGCCCACCGACUCUCCACGCCCACUGGGCGAAAGUGCUUAAUCAGCAGCAGCGACGCGGCGCAGCAUUUGUGGCCUUGUAAUCCGCGGCAGCGCCAAGAUGCCACAGCCAAAGCAAAAGCAGCAGCAGCAGCAGUCACAGUUACAGCAGCAGAAGCCGCUGCAGAAACAUUCCAGCACCAGCACGAGCACGAGCACCAGCGCCAGCUCCAGCCCGACUUCCAGUUCCACUUCCACUUCCACAUCCAAAUCCACUUCCAGUGCCAGUGCCAGUCCAGUGGCCGCCACGAUCAUCGCCAGGCGGGAAAAAGAACGGGAGCGCACGCAGACGAUCGGCGAAACCGACAUGGAUCAGUCGGUGCUCAAUGGACUGGCAGUGGGCGCAGAUGGAACCGCCGGCUACCAUGGUCACAAGCGAGAACUGGGUCACAGAGUGUUUGUGAACAGAUCGCUGCAUUUGGAGAAUAUCAAGUACUAUGGCUUCGACAUGGACUACACCUUGGCAGAGUACAAGUCACCGCAGUAUGAGCAGCUGGGCUUCAACCUGGUCAAGGAGCGCCUGGUCUUCAUGGGCUAUCCCAAGGAGAUACUGCAGUUCGAGUACGAUCCCACCUUUCCAGUGCGCGGCCUGUGGUUCGAUACUCUCUACGGGAAUCUGCUGAAAGUGGAUGCCUACGGCAACAUCCUGGUCUGCGUUCAUGGCUUUGAGUUCAUCAAGCAUCACCAGGUGUACGAGUUGUAUCCGAACAAGUUCUUGAAACUGGACGAGUCGCGUGUCUAUGUCCUGAAUACUCUCUUCAACCUUCCGGAAACCUAUCUCCUUGCCUGUCUCGUCGACUUCUUAACCAACAGCAGUGAUUUUGUGCGCGUUGAGCGCGGCAUCAAAGCUGGCGAUUUACUAUUUACCUACAAGUCGAUUUUCCAGGAUGUGCGACGUGCCGUCGACUGGGUGCAUUCCGAUGGCGAUCUGAAGCGUCGCACCACGCAGAAUAUGGCUCACUAUGUGAAGAAGGACGAGCGUUUGCCCACGGUCCUCUCGCGCAUCCGGGAGUCGGGCGCCAAGCUCUUCAUGCUGACCAACAGCGACUAUACGUACACCAACGAGAUUAUGACCUACCUGUUCGACUUCCCCCAUGGCGCCACUCCGGAUGAGCCGCACCGCGACUGGAAGACCUACUUCGAUGUGAUCGUGGUGGAUGCCCGCAAGCCGCUCUUCUUCGACGAGGGCACCGUAUUGCGGCAGGUGGACACGAAGACCGGCAGCCUGAAGAUCGGCACCCACGUGGGACCCCUGCAGCCGGGUCAGGUGUAUUCCGGUGGCUCGUGCGAGCUCUUCACCAAGUUCAUCAACGCCAAGGGCAAGGACGUGCUCUAUGUGGGCGAUCACAUCUUUGGCGAUAUUCUCAAGUCGAAGAAGAUCCGCGGCUGGCGCACCUUCCUGAUUGUGCCCGAGUUGGUGCGGGAGCUGCACGUGUGGACGGAUGAGUGCCAGCUGUUCGCGGAGCUACAGAACCUGGACAUCAAGCUGGGCGAUCUCUACAGGGAUCUGGACUCGAGUGCCAAGGUCAAGCCGGACAUUUCGCAGCUGCGCACCUGCAUCCGGGACGUGACGCACAAGAUGGACAUGUCCUACGGCAUGAUGGGCUCGCUCUUCCGCUCCGGCUCGCGCCAGACCUUCUUCUCCAGCCAGGUGGUGCGGUAUGCCGACGUCUAUGCGGCCACCCUGCUCAACCUCAUCUACUACCCCUUCUCGUAUAUGUUCCGAGCACCGGCCAUGCUUCUGCCCCACGAGUCGACGGUGGCCCACGAUCAGGCCCAUCAGCCGCCUCCGCCGCUGGGCCCUGUUCCCGCGGCCACGGGAUCCGCAUCGGUGGCCACAUCGCCGGAUGAAUCGGCGCGCAUUGUGGCGGGCACCGAGCACGUCAAGGACCCCAAGGACUUGCAUCGCGCUAGCUCCAUUGUGCACACUCGUCCGUCGACGCCCACCGUGGUGACCCACACCCACGACGAGGACUAUUCCGAGGAGGAGGAGACGCCCAGUGGUGCCGAGUCUUCAACAGAGCAGGCCGUGCGCGAUGCCUCCGAGGACUAGGUGCCAAAGCCGCCCUCCACCAGCAGGAAUGUUUGGAUCAACGAAUUUUAUUCUCAAACUUCCCAGAUGUCCCAUGCAGCCCGUUACCCGUUACCCUUUCCCUUUGCCCUUUAACCCCAAUCCGAACCUUAAGCCCCAAACCGCAAACCCCAAAACCAUCCCCGAAAUCCACAACGUGGACGAAGCAAUUGUGAAACGUACGAUUUUCCCUGGCGAUUUUACCCGAGCACAGAUAUGUGAAACUAUAUACCAUAUACGAUAUAUACAUUAUACAUUAGCUGGUUCCAUACAUAUAAUGUGUCUUUUUUUUAAUUAAAACCAUAAAUUGCUGUAAUUGAAAGAGAA